GUUGGUUCUGAUUCUGAGUUAGUGGUGUUGUGUUGCUCUUAAGCUUUAGAGAUGGCGCUGAGUAAGUGGAGCGAUUUCUUUAAACAGCACCCGUACAGCAGCAGCGUGCUCUUCAGCCUCGUUCUUGUGGUUUUGGAAAAAGUUGUUGAGGUUGAUUUCGUGUGCCCCUGUGAAAGCGGAUACACAGAGGCCUUUUUCAGUUUUUACUUACUGGUGCCCAUGUUCAUUGCUUUUGUCUUUGGACUUUACCUUCUGAGCUUUAAAUGUUCAUCAUGUGGAGAAUGUUGUUCAGCUUUCCCGAAACUUCUGGCCUGUGCGGUUCCGUCUGUUGUUUGGCUGGCCAUGUUCCUCUGUGAUGGUAGAUACAUAGCCUGUUUAUAUACUGAGUUAAAGAAAGAUUACAUUGACAGCGCUAAUCCGUCUCCAUGGAAAUGGUGUGAAAAAAAUCAAACACUCACUGCUGGCGAGCGCAAAGCACUUAAAUCAUUCUACGUCUCUAAGUUGCUAGGUUUCAUUGUCCUUAUCCUCAUCUCAUCUGUAGCACUGAUUUAUAAAUUCUGCAAGAAGGGCUGUAAGUACCUGGACUUCACUGAUCAAGAGCCCCGCAGCUCAGCCCACUGUCGAGCCUGCUGCGAACACCACAAACCAAACUGCUCCUCAGAGCACAGAGAUAUGAACUGGUCAGACCACCUCCCCGAAGAAGACGUUUCCUCCCAAGGUCAAGCAAACACUCAGGCCCAACAAGAAGGCAUGCCUCUAAGGCAAAUGGAUAGCACUGCUGCCAGCCCUUGUGCCAAAACAGACAACUGUCCUUGUCUCUGUCACCAAACCUGCCGCUGUGACGGUCACCAGCCAUAGCCCUCGAUUAUUCCCUCCUCACAAAUGCAGAUCCACACCCAGUCACUGAUUCAGUGUUUCUUAAUCCAACUCUUGAGGACCCACCCACACUUGACUCAGCUCACCAACUGAUCUUUGAGGGCUUCUCCUUGAGCUUUCAGACUCCACACUCAGGGGUUGUUUCUCAAUAUAUCAAGAGCUUGUUCCGAUUUUGCAGUGACAAGUAUUGUGUUUGAAUGCUAGUGCAACAAUUUUGGGCAGGCCUGUGAAAAAGUGUGUACGACGCUCUGGUAGACAGAAUUCCCAAACAUGCUGCAGUAUCAUUAUAUCUGGCUGUAGAUUAUUCCCGACAGCCAUGCAGUCAUCACCUCAGUGCUUCCACCAUGUGGUAAUAUCACAAUAUUCCAGGAAUCAACCGGAAUACUAGAUUUCCAUAAAAACCCUUUACUGAAGACUGUGAAGAAUGCAUCUGCUCGCACAGGCACGUUCGCCCAAUGAAGAAGACGUAACUUUUAAAGUUAAACACAUACAGCUGAGAUGUAGAAAGUGGAGGAAAACAACACAGCAAAUAUAAAACCUAAACCUAAUCAUCCUGAAGAACUCUGCCACAGCCGGCAGACCCCAAAAAACAACGUGACUGAAAUAAAACAAGCUGAGAUAAAACAACACAGCAGCCUAAAACAUCUAAACCUAAUAAUUAAAGCCAAAAACAUAUAAGCACAGGGGCCAUAAAAAUGUUUAUGGUCCAUUUACAUCUUACCUUGUGGUUGGUUAGUGUAGUGGGUAACACCUCUGCCUUCUAC